AUGAAGGCUAUCGAAGAGCCCAACAAGCAAGAGCUCAAAUUUACGGAUUGGGCCGCCAGGAAGUCCCGUCUGACCAUCAAAGCGUACCGACACGACAACUCAGUUUUGGACGCCCGCCGCGAGGAGGUCCCUGCUGCCCUCAAAGUCUCUGUUCCCGACCUCAUCCGUGAUCAGCAUGCGGCCGUCGAGGCCAUUGUCUUCCCCUUGCAGGCAUAUACGGGGUCGACGCCCUUCUCGACCCCGCCUCGACUCCGCCCGCUCCCGAGGCCAAGUUUCGUCGAGUUGAUGCCCACCAAUGCGGUCGCGGCUAACUUUUUGUUCAUGGCGUCUGAAGCAACCAAAAUGCGGGGAUCGACGCCAUCAGUCCCCAAUGACGCCAAAUCGUUCGUCGAAGUUGUCAUGCCGACCAACCAAUUCGCUCCUCGUUACAAUGGCGCUCUUGUUGUGAAGAAAACGCGCGCCCCAGUUGUUUCGGCCGGCGAGGAUGCACCCUCCAAGAACAAUGAUGACGUUGAGACGGUCUCCUCUCCAGCCCUUUCUGAUUCCGAGUCUGGUGUCAUGCAUAUCAUCCGGAAGAUCUGCUAUGGCCAUGGUCUUGUUGGGCUCGCGGCUCUUGAAACUAUUCUAGGCAUCACGGAGUGA